AUGUCUGACGACACCAUGUUUCGCCCUCCCGUCAAUCGGGCCAUGCGCACCCUCGACCGCAGCCUCUUCCAGAAGACCUUCCCGCUCGCCGCUGCCCGCAUCGCGAACAACAAGGACAUUUCGCUCGUGCGCGGGGCUCUAGAGAAGUCCAAGGAUGUGCUGUCCGCGUCCCGCCUGCAGAGCGUCCAGCACGACCCGCUGCCCGAGCUGGCCUCCCAGGGCCGCAAGUGCGUGCUGCUGAGGCCGGACGUCAAGCACGAUGACCCCUCCACCUGGUCUCCCACGAUAGUUGAGAUCCAGAGCAAGGGAACCGCCAGCAUAGUGCCCUACGACUUGCACCUGGACUACGACCACUGGACAUAUGACGAAAUCAUGUCUGCGAUCGUCCCGGAGGCCGACCAGGAAGACGCGUAUCCCAAGCGCUUUUCUCAGGUCGGACACAUCCUCCACCUGAACCUGCGUGAAUCCCACCAGCCCUACAAGGACAUCAUCGCCCAGGUUCUCAAGGACAAAUCACACAACGUGGAGACUGUUAUCAGCAAGGUAGACAACGUGGGCGACGAGAGCGAGUUCCGCACCUUCUCCUACGAAGUGCUCAUCGGGCAUGGCGACCUCAACGUCGAGCUCCACGAGGAGAACUGCACCUUUCGAUUCGACUAUGGCAAGGUUUACUGGAACAGCAGGCUGCAGGGGGAGCACCGGCGCAUGGUCCGAGCGUUCAAGGAAGGAGAAGCCGUUUGCGACGUCAUGGCUGGUGUCGGGCCCUUUGCAGUUCCUGCAGGUAAGAAGCGCAUCUUCACUUGGGCCAACGAUUUGAACCCGGAGAGCUAUGCAUGCAUGGUGGAAGCAGUCGGAAGGAACAAGGUUGGUCAAUUCGUCCGCGCCUUCAACGCCGACGGCCACGCGUUCAUCCGCGAUGCCACUGCCGAUCUCUUCAGAUCGUCGCGGCGCGUCACAGUGAAGGCGGCGCCCGGUGGCUCGCGUCGUAAGGCUGGCGGAGAAAAGGUACCGGCUACCGUGGAUCCCAAAUCGCUUGAACGGGUCCUCGUUCAGCCCCGCAUCUUUUCUCACUACGUCAUGAACCUUCCUGCCAACGCCAUCGACUUCCUGCCCUCCUUCAUUGGGCUUUACGCGCGCUCCCCAGUCAGCGAGGCUCUGGGAACAGAUGACCCCUCCACUCUGUUUGCUCCGCAUACUGGUGUCCAACUGCCCAUGGUGCACGUCUACUGCUUUGGCACCAAGAGCGACGACAACGUGGAGCAGGAGAUUGACAUCUGCAAGCGGAUAUCCGAGAAACUGGAGUUCGAAAUCACCCGCGAAACUCUAGACGGGGAGAUUUUCGAUGUGCGAGACGUAGCACCGAACAAGAGGAUGUUCUGUGCGAGUUUCCGCCUUCCAGCAGAAGUAGCCUUCCGCAAGCCUGAUGGAGCAGAUGACCGAUUCGUUGAUUGA